AUGGACGGUUCCGAUUUGCAUCCAAAACUUGACUUCGAUGUCAUCAUUAUUGGUGCGGGAAUAUCGGGACUUAACACUGCGUAUCGCAUCCAACACGAACUCCCAAAUGAUAGUUAUGCAAUUUUGGAGGGUCGGAAUUCCAUGGGAGGAACUUGGGAUCUUUUCCGAUACCCAGGUAUCCGAUCGGACUCGGACCUCUUCACCUUUGGCUUCUCGUGGUAUCCGUGGACCUCUCCAAACCCAAUUGCAGAAGCAUCAGCCAUUAAGGACUACAUGACGGAUGCCGCUGUCCGAUUCGGCAUUGACCAGAAAAUCCUUUAUCAACACAAAGUCAAUGUGGUUCACUGGUCCGGAACCAAACACAGGUGGUUUCUUGAUAUUAGCCACCUUGACAAGUCGAAAACAUUUACCGCGCGUUUCAUUGUAUUUGGUACAGGGUAUUAUGAUUAUCGACAGCCUUUACAUGCGGAAAUCUCAGGCGUGGAAAAAUUCAAGGGCAUGCUAGUCCACCCUCAAUUUUGGCCGCAAGAUCUCGAUUGCGAGAACAAGCGUGUUGUUGUCAUCGGCAGUGGCGCGACGGCAAUAACAAUUGUCCCAAAACUAGCGGAAACGGCAGGGAAAGUGACAUUGCUACAGCGUAGCCCUUCAUAUAUCAUGUCAAUUCCCAAUCGCACUAGCCAAAAGAAGAAUUUCUUGAUGCGAUUGAUUCCCAACGCCGCCUCUUUAAAGCUUACACGCUUCCUUAAGCUUCUCACCUCUCGAAUCUUUUUCCUUUUUUGUCGCGCUUUUCCCGGCGUGGCCGAGCGAAUGCUCCGUCGUGGUACCAUACGACAGUUACCAGCAGACAUUCCGUACAAUCCCCACUUCAAACCAAGGUAUAAACCUUGGGAUCAAAGGUUGUGUGUUUGUCCUAACGGGGAUUUUUACAAGAGCCUGCACACUGGGAAAGUGGAGAUCAAGACGGACACAAUCAAACAAGUCACAGAGUCUGGUAUUGAACUGAGCUCCGGAGAAGUCUUACAUGCGGACAUAAUCAUCACCGCGACAGGGCUCAAGUUACAAUUCGCUGGUGGAAUUCCGAUAUUUAUUGACGGCAAAAACUACCACCUCCACGACAAAUUCAUGUGGAAAGGAAUGAUGAUGGAGGACCUUCCUAAUGCCGCCCUCGUGAUAGGAUACACAAAUAUUUCUUGGACAUUAGGUGCUGAUGUGACUGGUAUAUUUGUAUGCCGUCUCCUGAAGCAUCUACAGAGAAAGAAAUAUUCAACUGUCAUUCCACGAGUGCCAGAAACGAUGCAUUUGAAACCGCAGAAGAUGCUUGAUUUGAAUUCGACCUACAUCUCCAAGGCUGAGAAUGACCUGCCCAGAACGGCUAAUACUGGGCCAUGGCAGCCUAGAAAGAACUACUUUUGGGACCUUAUCAGCGCAAAGUAUGGCCGGAUAGAAGAAUCAUUAGAGCUCAUACCUUGA